GGCCUAGUCUGUCACUCAGAUCUGUGUGUUAUUUCGGUAGAGUAUUUUAUUAAAAUUUGGAAAAAUUAAGAUAUGACAGAUGUCCGUAAAGGGGGAGAUCAUCCAAGUGCACAUUGGCCAGGCCGGUGUGCAGAUUGCCAACGCUUGUUGGGAGCUCUAUUGCCUGGAGCAUGGCAUUUUGGCCAACGGAAGACUGCCUCAGAGUCCCCUGGACGACUCGUUUCUCACCUUCUUUGAGUUCACCAACAGUCAAUCAUGUGUGCAGCCCCGCAUCGUUGUGAUCGACACGGAACCCACAGUCAUUGAUGAAAUCCGCACGGGUGCCUAUCGUAAUCUCUUCCACCCAGACACUCUGAUCACCGGCAAGGACGAUAGUGGCAGUAACUUUGCCCGUGGCUAUAAUCUAAUGGCCAGCGAGCUGUUGGAUCGUUCCAUGAAUGCCAUUCGUCGUGUGGCCGAUCGCUGCCGGAACCUCAGGGCCUUUCUGAUAUUUCGGGCCAUAGGGGGCGGCUCCGGGUCUGGUCUGGGAACUCGUAUCAUGGAGAAAAUUGUUGAAGACUUUGGCAGGAAGAUGACUGUUGUUGAGUUUUUAGUGUAUCCAUCGCCCUCCAUCUCACCGGUGAUUGUGGAGCCCUACAAUGCCCUGUUGUCGGCCCACUUCUCCAUGGACUGCACCGACAUCUCCUUCAUCGUGGAUAAUGAGGCGCUGUAUGACAUUUGUGCGAAUACCCUCAAUGUGCCUGCUCCCACCUACACGAAUCUGAACCGUAUCAUUGGUCAGGUGGUGUCUAGCUUUACGGCAUCCCAGCGCUUCGGUCAGGGAUCGAACGUUAGCUUCCAGGAGCUGCAGACGAACCUGGUUCCGUAUCCACGAAUCCACUAUCCGCUGAUAAACUACGCUCCCCUGGUUCCCAUCUCCCACUCGCAGUUCGUGAACAUGUCGACGGCCCAGCUGACGAGUCAGUGCUUCCAGAUGAGCAACCAAAUGGUCAGGUGCAAUCCCUCGCAUGGCAAGUACAUGUCCUGCGUUCUCCUCUACCGCGGCGACCUCGCCCCCAACGAGAUCAAUUUCUCCCUGGAGAACAUCAAGCGGAACAAGUCGUUCAGAUUUGUGGACUGGUCGCCCACGGGCUUCAAGAUCGGUGUGAGCAGCAUGCCGCCGGUGUAUGUCCCUGGUGGUGAUCUGGCGCCCACCAACCGCGCCUGCGUGGCCAUUUCGAACAACACGAACAUCCGGAUCGCCUGGUGCCGGCUGGUCAACAAGUUCGACAAGCUCUAUCAGCGGCGUGCCUUCGUCUAUCACUACGUGGGCGAAGGUCUCGAGGAGGGUAACUUUGCCGAAGCCUCGGAGAAUAUCUGCCAGCUGGUGCACGACUACCUUGAGGUGGAUGCCUCAUCUCCUGUAUCGGCUCGCGGAUCCGGGUCCGAGUAGUUUAGAUCCUUUGCUAUAUCGAUUCUCGUACGUCGUCAUAUUAACCCAAUAAAGACUUUAUAAAUUUUCUGUGUUAAA